GUUGAGUGUUAGUUUAGACUUUAGAGAGAUGCAUGGUGUAGCACGCACUCUCCAUUUGGCUUUUGGGAUCUUUGCAAAUGGAACUGCUUUUUUCAUCUUCUUGGCACCCAUUGUUACAUUCAAGAGGAUCAUCAAGAAAAGGAGCACGGAAGAGUUCUCUGGAUUGCCCUAUGUCAUGACCUUGCUCAAUUGCCUGCUUUGUGCUUGGUACGGGUUACCUUUUGUGUCGCCUAACAACAUACUUAUGACGACAAUUGAUGGAAUCGGAACGGUAAUUGAGUUAGCAUUUGUGGUCAUAUUUCUAGUAUUUGCGCCAAAGAACGAAAAGAGAAAAAUUGGAGCGCUCCUUAUUUUAGUAGUCGGAGUAUUCGUUGCGGUUGCGCUUCUUUCGGUGUUUGUUUUCCAUGGGAGAACCAGACAACUCUUUUGCGGUUUCGCUUCCUUAAUCUCCACUGCUAUUAUGUUUUUCUCGCCUCUAUCAGUCAUUAGGGUUGUGAUGAAGACAAAGAGUGUAGAGUUCAUGCCAUUCCUCUUGACUUUCUCCAUGUUCCUAUGUGGCACUUCUUGGCUCAUUUUUGGCCUCCUUGAGAUGGACCCUUUUGUUUAUGUACCAAAUGCCACUGGAUGUGGUGUUGGAGUAUUGCAAUUGAUACUAUAUGCAAUCUAUAGUGAGAAGACAAUAUUCAUGACCAUCAAGAGAUCUUUUUUCCAAGGGAGGCUCCAAAUCAAUGCCAUGCCCCAACAGCAGAAGAAGCAACCAAGCAUCUCGUCAUCAAAAUAUGAUGAACCAGUCUAGUGUGUGUCUGUGUGUGGGGGAUACUUUUAUAUAUAUAUAUAUAUAUAUAUAUAUAUAUAUAUAUAUAUAUAUAUAUAUAUAUAUAUAUUAAUAACAUUGUUAUUAUAUUAAACCAAAUUAAAAUGUUGUGAAGUUGUUACUAGUGGAUUAGUAACAAGUCAAAAUUUGAUGAAGUGGUUAGUAGCGGGUUAUAUCUACUAUUUUGUACAAUAAUUCACCCCUUAUUUUAGUUGUUUUGAUGCUUAUUUUCUUUAUCCUAAUGAAAUUGAGAAUUGUUUGUGUGUUAUAUUA